AUGGCGACCAAGCAACCCGUCUCGUUCGACGCCAUCAUCCAGGCUGACCGGCAAAAAAAGAAGCAAGAGGAGCUCGCAAACCAACUCCUUGGAAAGAACCGCAGAUCAAGCGCCCCAGGCUCGGGCUCUGGUGCCGGCAAAAAAGCGCAGAACAAAUCACAGAAUGCAAAGCCUGGAAGCUUAGCAAGCAGGAUCGGAGUAACCAAGAACAAGCCCGCACUCGCCACUGACAACAAUCGGACACGCGGCAAACCUGGCAAGAAAGAUCGCGUGAAUGCGGACCAGGUCCGGGCAGCUUUUCAUUCAGAGAAUGGCCAAGGGAAUGUGCGACUAGGAAAUUCUGGCCUCAACGGCCGUGGGAGCAACAUGUCCAUCAAAGGUGCAUCGGGCCCAUUCUUUGUCGUCGGGAGGAACUUUGCGCCUGGGACAACAGCUGCCGACAUUCAGUCUGCUCUUGAGCCCAUUACAGGUCCUAUGCUCAGCUGCCAGAUAGUAGCAAGCCAGCCAAAUGUUGUUGCGGAAUUUGCAUAUGCGGAGAAGACGGCUGCAGAGCUGGUGGUUGCCAACUUCCACAACCAAAGGGCUGAUGGGAGACUACUCACAAUGACUCUUAAAUCGACGAAGACCCCAGCCCACCAAGAUCCCUUCAGUGCACUCCGCGCACAAGCUGAUCAGGAACGACUCCGAGCCCGUCGUGGCCCGGGCCAUCUGAACGACCUCCUAGCCGAGGACCAGGGGAACUCGCAGACUGGCCUAUACAGCGAUGAAAUGAUGGUCGAUGCGCCGGCUCGGAAUACCCCGAAGAACCAGUACCAACGGAAAUGGCGUCGUUGA